GCGGCGGGAGCGCGGCUGCCCGCCCCGGCCCGGCCCCGCGGGCGCGGAGCGCAGCGCAGCGCGACGAGCAUGGUGGCGAGGCCCUGACCGCUUCUCCCCGGUGGGGACGGCCGCGGGGCAGUGGCGGCCCGUGCCCCGGCGGGCGGGGGCGCGGGAUGACCGGGGUGCUGGAGAGCCUGGUGCCGGACAUGCACGCCAGCCAGAUCUCCGCCGGCAGCUACCACCAGCACGGCGGCCUGCACAAGCCGCAGGAGUCCCCCACGCUGCCCGUCUCCACGGCCACCGACAGCAGCUACUACAACAACCAGCAGCACGGGGCGGCGGGCGGGCCGCCCUACGGCUCGGUGGGCUCCUACGCCUACGCGGGCGGCGGCACCGCCCCUUACUCCAAGGCCGGUUACGACUUGGGCUACGCGGGCUCCUACGGCUCCUACGGGCCCUACGGCAGCAGGGCCUCUCCGGCCAACAACGACUCCGCAGAGAAGGAAGAGUGCGAGCCGGAGAUCAGGAUCGUGAAUGGGAAGCCGAAGAAAGUGCGGAAGCCCCGGACCAUCUACUCCAGCUUCCAGCUGGCGGCUCUGCAGCGGCGCUUCCAGAAAACCCAGUACCUCGCCCUGCCCGAGAGAGCGGAGCUGGCGGCCUCGCUCGGCCUCACCCAGACACAGGUGAAGAUCUGGUUUCAGAACCGCCGCUCCAAAUUCAAGAAGAUGUGGAAGAGCGGCGAGAUUCCGGCCGAGCCGUCCUCCCGCCGCAGCGCCUCACCGCCGCCCUCCUCCUCACCCCCCGCCUGGGACUUCGCUCCGCACCCGCGCACGGCGGGCGGCACCGGCACCGCCAGCCCCAACCCCGCCGCCGCCUUCCUCGGCAGCUACUCGUGGUACCCGCCGGCCUCCGGUGGCCCGGCGCACCUGCCGGCGGCCGCCCCCCUCCCGCAGCCGGCGCAGCCCCCGCACCACCACGGCGGCGGCAGCAUCUUCUAGGCGCCGCAGAGACUUGAGCCGAGGUGCGGCACCGGUGUUUUGGUGAAGGCUGGCUCCGGCCGUCCCGGCGGAGAGGAACCGCUCCGCGUCCCGUCCCGUCGCGCCGCCAGCGGCGGACCCCAUGUGCGCUUGGCCCCGCGGAGUCCGCCCACCCGCCGCUGAAAUAAGCAGGCUGCGGAACAAGCACCCACUUCCCCUCCCUCUGUCCCUCUUCCCGGCUUUUUCAUCAAACCACCGGUGCAGAACUUUGGUUAACUUUAUUUUUUAUUUUUUUAAAGUUGAUAGGUGCCUUUGCGGAUGACCUCACUUUGAUGCUGGGGAUUAGAAAAUAAAAUGUUAAAAAAAAGAUAAAUAAUUUUUAUAUGUAGAUUUAAAACGAGAUCCUCCCGUGUUUAAGUUAUCCUUUUUAGCCGUGAACGAAACCGUCCGGCGAGGGGGGCCGGACGCAGGCGGUGGAGCCGGGGCGCCUUUGUUAGCCCGGUGGGGGGGGCUCCCGCGUGGUGCCUCCGGGCGGGUUUCGUGCCCCGACGGGGCCUCCCCGGGGCAGACCUGGAGCCGCGGCGAGCCCUCCCCUCCGCCCCCCGCCGGCAACCCAGCCACCGGUCCUGCCCCUGGGCCGUUUGAUGUCUAGAAUCGUGAAAGAAAACAAAAAAGGGUAUUUUUGGUUAUUUAUUAUGGAAAACUUAAACACUCUUUAAUGUUUCUUUUACAAUAAGCAGAGAUUAUUUAAAUAAAUUAUUG